CUGAAAACUAUUUUUAACGAUGGAAUCCGAUUGGCAAGAUAAAUUUAAAGGACUCAAUAAUCGCGUCUAUCAUUUGUUUCAGACAAAAAAGUAUACCGAUUGUCAUUUCCUGGUUGGUGAUUCACCACCAAAUCGAAAAGCAAUUGUAAGUCAUAAACUAAUUUUGGCAACGGCUUCACCUGUAUUUGAGCGAAUGUUUUAUGGACAACUGGCAGAUAAAAAUAAGCCUAUUAUUAUACCAGAUAUUCAGCCAGCUAUUUUCCAAUCCAUGUUAGAACAUAUUUACACAGACUGUGUUAAUAUUAGUUCAAUCGACAUGGCCUUCCAGUUGUAUUCUGCAGCAAAGAAAUAUAUGUUGAGUCAAUUGUUAGAAGAAUGUACUCGCUUUAUGAGUUCUAACUUAAGUCCGAAAAAUGUAUGCAUGGCAUACGAGUUUGCAGAAUUUUACGAUGAGUCAAGUCUGAAACUGAAAUGUUUGCAGUUAAUAAGAACUCUAACUCGCGAUGUUUUGGCUCAACCCAGCUUUAUGAACAUUAAAAUGUCCACACUAAUGGUAAUUCUUGAUCAAGACAAAUUGAAUAUUGGCUCCGAAGUGGAUUUAUUUAAUGCUUUAUCAAGAUUAGCUAAACAUAAAGGACUACUCAGAGAGACAUCUAUGCAGACAGCUAAUGAGAGGAAUAAUCAUAACUCCACGGUGUCUACUAAUGGAGGUUUAGUGGCCGAUAAAGAAGUCUUCCUAAACACAUUGCCAUCGCCUAAUUUAGAAGGAGACUUUAAUAUCAAAUGCUCAAUGGAUACUAAGCAAUCUAUAAAUGAUGAGCAUUUGUUGAAAGAGGCAGUGAAAAAAAUUCGUUUUCUUGCUAUGACACCGCAACAAUUUGCUGAUGGACCAGCCUGCUCUAAACUUUUGGAAAAACAUGAAGCUUUGGAUAUUUUUAUAAAACUUUGCAGCAAUCGAAGUAACAUCAGUUUGCCUAUGGGAUUUUGCACUUCUCGUAGCAGUCGCAUAUUACGACCAAUAGAUUACCAAUUUCUAUAAUAACGUCAAACCUCAUACCAAGGCAGUGAAAAUAAAUCGCUUUCAUAAUAUGACACCUUGAGUUUGCUCAAGGAUCAACUUGCUAUAAAGUUUUGGAAAAACAUGAAGUUUUGGAUAUUUUUAUAGAAAUAUGCAGUCCAAAUAAUUAUUAUACCCCAUUAACACAAAGUUGACUUUUCUGAAAAGUCGACUUUUUCAACUAUGGAUGUAUGUAUUCGAUUUUUUUCGGAUUUACUGCCUAAUUUACUA